UGCAACCAUUAUGAAUAUAAAUGGCAGAAAAGAGGUCACGUUAUAAAUAUCAUUCAAGAGCAGCUGAUAAUUAUAAUCUGAGCUGUAGCAGGCUAGACUAGUGAAGUUACAUAAUAAAAUUUUUGUAUGCAAUAUAAUGACAGUGUCUACAGGACUGGUGUUGUCACUAUUAGUGGCAGUAUGUGCCUCAAGCCCCAUGCUGCUGACCUCCAGCUCCAAGUAUAAGCAGGACCCAGAAGUCAACUAUACCGCUUUGCAGUUGAUUAAAUCCAAGGGCUAUAACGGCGAGGGUCACUGGGUGGAGACGAGUGAUGGAUAUAUACUCGGCCUGCACAGAAUAACAGGACCAAGGGGAUCGCCUCUAGCUAAGCGUCCAGUAUUCUUCCUGCAACACGGUCUCCUCUGCUCCAGCACCAACUGGCUCACCAACCUGGCCAAUGAGAGUCUCGCCUAUCUCCUUGCCGACGCUGGGUUUGAUGUCUGGAUGGGGAACGUCCGAGGAAACAUUUACUCGAGGAACCACACUACGCUGAAACCAAGUCAGAAAGAGUUCUGGAAUUUCACAUUUGACGAGCAUGCUGCACUAGACCUCCCUGCCAUGAUAAACUAUGUCUUGAACACGAGUCAACAAUCAGACUUGUUUUAUGUGGGUCACUCUCAAGGCACUAUCAUGGGGUUUGCAGGGUUCACCAUCAACCAGACACUCGCCAAACAAAUCAAGACCUUCUUUGCACUAGCUCCUGUCACAACGGUUAAAUAUAUUAAAGGACUAUUUGAGUGGAUGUCAGAGAUACUAGUGAAAGAUGCAAUUAAGUGGUUCUUCAAUCACUUUGGAACUGGAGAAUUCUUUCCGGACUACGAAAUACUAAAAAUACUCGGUAAAGACUUGUGCACUCCUGAUUUGAAGUUUAUAGAUGGGCUCUGUGAGGACGUCCUGUUCCUCAUCUGCGGCUUUGACCGCGGCGACACGAAUAUUACUCGUCUCCCCGUCUACUACACCCACACACCUGCUGGUACGUCUGUCAAGAACACCAUUCACUUUGCUCAGGAAGUGGACUCUGGGAAGUUCUGCAAGUAUGAUUAUGGAACGAAGUUGAACAUGCAGGCAUACGGAAUGCCCAGCCCUCCCUCGUACAACGUGACAGAGCUGAAUGUCCCCACUGCCUUGUUCACUGGUGGCAAUGAUUGGUUGGCUGACCCCACUGACGUCAAUGCCUCCAUACCACUGCUCAACACUACUGGAAAGGUAUUCUUCAGGAAGCAUAUUCCGAAGUACGACCAUUUGGACUUCAUUUGGGGCCUCGAUUCUGCCACUCUGGUGUACAGUGACAUUAUCCAACUCGCUAAGAACAUACUCAAACUAUGAGGCCAUCCUUAUAAAUAAGCUGUGGACUUUUUAAUCUCCUGUGGUGUGUGUGUGUGAUUUUACUUUUUACUUGUUGCGUUGUCUAGUACAAAUAUGGAAUUUUUCUGA